ACAUAUUACAAACAUUAUAUUCCCUUCUAAUCUUUUCUUUGACAGAUUCUUCUUUGUUAGUGUUUCCACGAAUCCAUUCUUCUCAGCCUUUCUUUGAACUAAAACUACAACUUGUCAUAUAUUGUCCUGUGUAAUCCUUUUUUCUACUGUGUCUUGUGUGAGUGAAAUUUUUUAGGACUUCUUUGAUUUUCUUCUUCACAUGAGUUGUGAGAUUUUGAGGACCCAUUUAGAUUUAAAUUUUGGUUUUCAGUUUAGAUUCUUUGUAGGGGGUUUCUCGUUUCUGUUUUGAUAAAUAAGUUGGAAUCUUUGUUGGUGAGUCUGCCACUUUGGCCCCCAUUUCUAUCUGGGUUUUAGGUUGGUAGCUAACAGGAUUAGAAAGAAAGAUCAAGUUAUGUUUGGGAUUAGAACUAAGAAUCUUUAGGGGGAUUAUUUGAUUCAUUACUAUGUUGUGUGAAUUUCGCGUCUUUCUCAGUUUUGGGUUCUCUGUCGCCUUCCCAUUUGAAGUCCCUUGCUGCUUUUGUGGGGAUAAGGUAGCAUCUUCUGUGAUAUCCACUUCUUCUAUGCAGUCAACUUGUUUGUAGAUGAUCCAAUCCAGGCUUUGUUUUGGUCUUUGCUCAUCUUCAUUUCUUGUACAUCUUGUCUCAAAGUUGGAUUCUUGUAGCUGUUGGGUUGUACUUGUUAAUUUCCUGUAGAUUUGAUAUUGGGUCUCUCCUCCUCAUUUUCUAGCUGGAAUUUUGUUGCAAGUCAGUAAGGCAGACCCACUUGAGCUGGCUACUGUUUCUAGGUAGCUUGUGUUGGUACCUUUUCUUUUGGAUGAGUUUGCUCCUUGUAUUUGGGUUUGGUUUAAAGGUGGGACACCUACUUUGGAUGCUAUGUUGCUGGUUUGCAUCAGUGAUUUCCUUGAAUUGGUUCAUUACUGGUGAAAUCAUUGACACUAAGACUGGUGUGCUUGGUGAUGGUGUUAAGACCCGGGUCAGUUGCUUGUGGGACAAGAUCAUGGGGACUAGUUGGAAGCUUCACCAUCACUACUGCCAAUAUAUCGACUCGAAAAGAAUUCGAAGGACCUGGUGGAGGAAGCUCUUGGUUGCAUGGGUGCUUGCUUCGACAGUGGCAUCUCUAUGGAUCUUUUGGUGCAUGAGUUCUCAAGUCACCGAGAAGAGAAAGGAGACGCUUGCAAGUAUGUGCGACGAGAGGGCUAGGAUGCUGCAGGAUCAGUUCAAUGUGAGCAUGAAUCAUGUGCAGGCCAUGUCCAUUUUGAUCUCAACCUUCCACCAUGGCAAAAAUCCAUCUGCAAUUGAUCAGAGAACUUUUGCAAGGUACACGGAAAGAACUGCGUUCGAGAGGCCCCUUACGAGUGGUGUGGCAUAUGCAGUGAGGGUGCUCCUCUCGGAAAGGGAACAAUUUGAGAAACAGCAAGGCUGGACAAUUAAGCGGAUGGAUACCCUCCAACAAAACCCAGUUCAUAAAGAUGAUUACAACCCAGAGGCAUUGGAGCCAUCCCCUGUGCAGGAGGAAUACGCCCCCGUUAUCUUUGCACAGGAUACUGUUGCACACGUUGUCUCCCUUGAUAUGCUCUCUGGAACGGAAGAUCGUGAAAAUGUGUUGCGUGCUAGAGCAUCAGGAAAGGGGGUUCUUACUGCUCCUUUUAGGCUGCUCAAAUCUAACCGCCUUGGAGUUAUUUUGACAUUUGCUGUUUACAAGACAGAUCUCCCCUCAAAUGCAACUCCAAAGGACCGGAUUCAGGCAACUAACGGGUAUCUUGGUGGAGUUUUUGACAUCGAGUCCCUCAUAGAGAGGCUGCUUCAACAGCUUGCAAGCAAACAGACUAUACUUGUGGAUGUAUAUGAUACUACUAAUUCCUCUCAUCCUAUCAGCAUGUACGGUUCAAAUAUAUCAGAUGAUGGAUUGCAGCAUGUGAGCUCCCUUAAUUUUGGGGACCCCUUCAGGAAACAUGAGAUGCGUUGCAGCUUCAAACAAAAACCACCAUGGCCGUGGUUAGCCAUAACAACUUCAAUUGGCUUUCUUGUGAUUGCAUUGCUCGUGGGGCAGAUAUGCCAUGCAACUGUUAGUCGAAUAGCCAAAGUUGAAGAUGAUUAUCAUCAGGUGAUGGAGCUGAAAAAGAGGGCUGAGGCAGCUGACGUUGCAAAAUCACAGUUUCUUGCAACAGUUUCUCAUGAGAUCAGGACCCCAAUGAAUGGUGUACUUGGAAUGUUGGAUAUGCUCAUGGACACAAAUCUAGACGUAACUCAACAGGAUUAUGUCCGAAUUGCACAGGCUAGUGGAAAAGCUUUGGUCUCACUUAUAAAUGAGGUUUUGGACCAGGCCAAGAUUGAAUCUGGUAAGCUUGAGCUUGAGGCAGUGAGAUUUGAUCUGCGGGCAAUCUUGGAUGACGUUUUAUCACUCUUUUCGGGGAAAGCUCAAGAAAAAGGUGUUGAGUUGGCUGUUUUCAUCUCUGAUCGGGUUCCUGAAAUGCUAAUUGGUGAUCCAGGAAGGUUUCGGCAGAUCAUCAUCAAUCUCAUGGGGAACUCAGUCAAAUUCACUGAGAAAGGGCACAUCUUUGUCACUGUCCAUCUUGUUGAGGAGGUGAUCGACUCAAUUGAUGUGGGGACAGAAUCAUCACCAAAGAACACCUUGAGUGGUUUGCCUGUUGCCGACAGGAGUCGGAGUUGGGCAGGAUUUAGGGCUUUCAGUCAAGAUGGCCCUGCUUGUCCUUUCUCAUCUUCACCAUCUGACCUUAUCAAUCUUAUUGUGUCGGUUGAGGAUACAGGAGUGGGAAUCCCACUGGAAGCUCAGUCUCGUGUCUUCACUCCUUUUAUGCAAGUUGGUCCAUCCAUUUCCAGAACACAUGGGGGCACAGGCAUUGGUUUAAGCAUAAGCAAGUGCUUGGUUAAUCUCAUGAAUGGAGAAAUAGGGUUUGUCAGCAUACCAAAAAUAGGGUCCACUUUUACUUUUAUCGCUGUUUUAACGAAUGGUUGUUCCAGUGAAGAUGAAUCGACAAGCCAGAAAGUAAUUAACCAGUUGAACUCUGUGUCUCCAGAAUUUCAAGGCAUGAGAGCAUUGGUUGUGGACAUUAGAUCUGUCCGAGCUAAGGUGUCUAGAUACCAUAUCCAACGGCUCGGAAUCCAAGUUGAAGUAGUUUUUGAUUUGAAUCAAGGUUUAUCUAGUUUAAGUAGUAGUAAUAUACCUAUAAACGUGGUUCUUGUUGAACAAGAAGUCUGGGAUCAGGAUUCAGCCACUACUGCCCUGUUUGCCAAAAAAUUAAGUGAUAUUGAUCGCGGAGAACCUCCAAAGCUGUUUCUACUUGCUAAUUCCAUAGGCUCUUCGAGAGCACAAGCCAUUAUUUCUGAUGUACAAUCUCCAACUGUCAUCAUGAAGCCCCUGAGAGCAAGCAUGCUGGCUGCAUCCCUACAACGAGCCACAGGUGUCAGUAAUAAGGGGAAUCCCCGCAAUGGGGAGCUCCCUAGUAUGUCUCUUCGCAGUCUACUUCUUGGGAGGAGAAUUCUUAUUGUAGAUGACAACAAUGUGAAUCUCAAAGUAGCAGCCGCUGCUUUGAGAAAGUAUGGAGCCGAUGUGGUGUGCGUGGAGAGCGGGAAAAAGGCAAUCUCACUGCUUAAGCCACCCCACCAUUUUGAUGCCUGCUUCAUGGAUAUCCAAAUGCCUGAAAUGGAUGGGUUUGAAGCUACAAGGAGAAUACGGGAAAUGGAGAGGGAUGUAAACACGCAUAUUCAAAAUGGACAAGUGUCGGUAGAAGUCCAUGGAAAUGUUUCAAACUGGCACGUGCCUAUUUUAGCCAUGACCGCAGAUGUAAUUCAAGCUACACAAGAGGAAUGCCAUAGGGUUGGAAUGGAUGGAUAUGUCUCAAAGCCAUUUGAAGCUGAACAACUGUACAGGGAAGUCUUGCGCUUUUUCCAACGAACUUGUAAUGGCAAUUUAUAAAGAGGACGUACUUUCACUCCAUGCACAUGACUCGAGCUCCGGCUCCUGUUCUUCGGGAUGCUUUUGAUUGCCUAGACGUGUUGAAAAAUUCUUCCCUAGAAGAUUGUCGAUAGAAGCCAAUGCUUGCUUAGUUGGGAUUUGAGUCUCCAUUCAUGUUCUCCAGAGCCAGAUUAGCAAAGCCGGCUAUUUUUCCUUGCACAGCCGGUCUUUUUUCUCUGAGCUCUUUAUUUAUCAUCGUUUGAGUUCUUCAGAUGAUUGCGCCAAACAGGUAGAACCCUUCAUCCAUUGUAUGUAUUUACUUUUGAGUGUAUCAUAGAAGCUGUAGGAUUGCAUCCUCUGCUGCACGCGACAAUAAAACCCGCGACACCUUGAAGAAAUAUCAUACUUCUAGGAGAUUGAUUUAGUUGACAGAAUGGUUAGCUUCUUGACAACAAGCAGCUAAGUGUUUCUUGUAUAUUAUCAGUAAUAAAGAUGAAUGAUGUGUAUUCAUACCCACUUGUGAGAAAAAAAGAAGCUACUGUUUCUUGUAAGUAGAUGUAAUUAAAGUUAUCGAAAGCAAUACGUUGACAGUGUAUUGGAUCUUGUUCAUUUCUUGAUUCUUGUUCAUUUUGUAUAUUUCUUUU